AUGGCGACCAACCCGACGAAGCGUGCCAGGACAGACGACCCCGUGGAGGCCGCACAGAUGCAAUGCUUCGUCACGCCGCUGCUUGAAUAUCUGGCGACGGACCGCGCCCCAAUCCCCGACGAUGAAGCGCUCUUGGCCUCCGUCGGCAUCGAGGGACCGCAGUUCGACGAGGACUGGACCCAUGAGGACGAGCAAAGGCUCAUGGUAGAAUGGAGAACCAUGACGGAAUACACGGCGAUGCAGGCGCUCCCUCGGCUGCACGAGCCGUUGCGAGACGUUUGGCGGAUUGCGGUGCACGUCAUGCAUCGCACGCCCAUCGGCAUCAUCUCUCUCGACGCACGGCUUUGCUAUGGAGACGUCUCGUCACCGUCCUGGACACCGAGCUUCUGCGUGGCCUUGGGCAAGCUGAUGCUCCAUCCUUUUUGGCGUUACGACUACAAGGAGCUUGUCCGUGCCGUUCAGUUUGCCGUGGCAUGUCGUACAGGCGAAAGGGGCGCCUGGUUCUUUCUCCCGGACAAGACCUGCUCAUACCGCGUCAGCAUGUCCAUUGCGUUUGCCGCGGCCCAUGAUCCGCGCACGGCCUGCCAAGUCGUAGACGACAUCAUCCAGGAGCAGACGCCCCCGUCAGAGGUGCUCUUCUUCAGCCAUCUGGGCGCCUAUAUCGCACAGCAGCACCGCCCGGCCGCCCCGACGGGCGAGGCCCAUGCCCACAUGCGCAACCUACACGUCCGCACCGAGGACCUGGAGAACAUCGCCAGGGCCCUCAAUACCUUCCGGCCGGCCGGUGUGCCUUUGGCCGCCCACACGGACCUCUAUCAUGCGGCCUACUUGAGCAGUCUGGACGUCCAGCCGCCGUUCUCCGACGACCGCAUCCGCGAGAUGCACGAAGUGGCGUGGCUGGAACAACUGCGCAUCGUGGUCAUGUACGAGAGGCUGUUGGGCGAGCAGGCAGAGGCAGACGACGCCGGACCAGGCGUCGAUGAAGACCUCGUCCGUGCUACGGACGCACUACUCGGCCUGCCGUCCGAGGAGGCCCCGGCGGCGCCGCUCGACACGGACGCCGGUGCCCCCGUCGUGCAACAGAACCGAGCACGGGCACCAUCGUGGCUUACGGAAGAGGUGCAGUAUAUGCCCAGACACAGGCAGCACAACGUGGAUCAGGACUAUUACGAUGACUAG